AUGAGCCAAUCCACGGCUUCAGGUCAAGGACCUGGACCCCAACCCAGCAUCACGACGACCCAUGUCCGUCCAAGAGACGAGAGCAGCAGCUCUCAAGAUAUUUUGAAACCCACAGCGAGCCCGAAUGAGAACAACAGCAGCGGCGGUGAUGGGGGCACGAUUGCUGGUUUGAACAAAGACACAUGCACCAGCAGCGUCAAGUCGUCCAAAAUGGAGAGCCAUCCCAGCCGAAGCCCGGUGAUGGCAGGUAGAUACCGCAUUCCCACGGUAUCCUCGUCAUCGUCCCAUAGGACACAUAGCGGACAGAGCACGCACAGUGGCCAGGAUGCACCCCAUCGGUCAUCGUUUCCCUUGCCCCUUGCGCCACCAAAGCCCGCGUCUCUGCCCACGCCAACGCUGCCCGUCCAGACUGCCCAUACGAGCGUCCGCAGCAGCAGCAGCAGCAGCAACGCGCACGCCGGUCUGCGCUAUUCCAUGGACUACGACCAAGGCUAUACCAGCGGGAUAAAGUACACCAGACGUGCGCAUGGCGACAACUCAUUCUACACAAACGGCGGCAAGAAUGGCAGCCACAGCCGGGCGCAGCAGGCCAUGGACGACAUCAAAACGGAAGCGUUUGCGGCCGGCAAGAUGCACGGCUACCAGACGGGCUACCACGAAGGGCGCCUCGUGGGCCAGCGUGAAGGCCACAGGGACGGCCGCGACGACGGGCUCCGCGAGGGACGUCGGGAGGCGCAAAAGGACAGCCAGAGACAUGGCUACAACGAGGGACACCGGGUGGGCGAAGAGAAGGGGUACGCCGAGGGGCAAAAGAAGGGCUAUGCGGAGGGCCAUGCGGAGGGCCACGAGGCCGGGCGCAGCGAGGGUCGCGAAAGCGGCCACGGCGAGGGGUACCACGCGGGCUUCGACGAGGGCUGCGACCAGGGCUACUACGAGGGCCACGGCCACGGCGAGCAGCGCGGCCAUGCGCGCGGCUGGGACGAAGGAUACGAGCAAGGGUUCGCAUGGGCCAGCACGUUUUGGACGAGCGGGCCUCUCAAAGCAGACGCCCAGGAAUUUGUGCCCAAGACGUACACGAGCCCCCUUGUCGUUGAUGGGUCGAGCGGUCCGGGCGUGGAUCCGACCUUGUUUCGAAGCUGGCUCCACGACGUCGAGCAUCGCCAGUUGACGCGUCCUGCGCAGGCAGACGUUGCCAGCGACCAGGACACUGUUCAGCAGCCAGACACUCUUGAAACGGACCAGAGGGGCGGUAUUGACCACCUCGUCAUCCAAACAGAUGGCCGCUCUGCCAAAGAAAAGGUCGAGGAACACCACAUAGGACAACCCAUCACCAUCAACGUCGGCCUCUCUGUUGAUGACGAGGUUGAGGACAGUGACCUGCCCAUUGACAGUGGCAAUCAACAGCACGACAAGAAGACCGCACCUGUGGAGGUUGACGACAGCGGCGACGAUGUUUUUGUCACUCCCUACGAGAGUCCGGUCGCGGCGCGCGUUGGCGUCCUAGACCAAGUGAGCGACAACGAGUCCGAGGCCGACCUUUGUGCUGGGUGGGCCGCUGCUUUCCGUCCUCGCCGCGAUGCUCCUCGCCCUCAGGUGCUUUCCCCUUCUCCUUCACAAACUAUGUCACCCGCGUCCGCCGCAUCCGGGACGACCGUCGUCCACAACGGCACGCGGGAGGGGGACACCGUCACGCACUACAUCACCUUCGGCGACGUUCCUGUGACAAUCACCAAGUCGUCCGCUGGCACGGUCGCCGUUCCGUCGUGGCCUCCGACCGCUGUUGACGCGCCAGCCACCAUUGAUGCAACGGCUGCCGGGGUUGACGAUGCUGACGCAUCCGACAUGGAUUCGCUUGGGGGCCAGUCGACUCUCGUCUUGGACAUUUCUGACGAAGAGAUGCCGGAGCCAGCCGAGCCCGUAGAAGCACAAGUGGAUGUCGACGACGCGUCAGUCCUCUCGCCGACGCUGAGCGAGACCGAGAUCGACCAUCGCGGUGCGAAGGGCAAGGGCAGAGGCAGCUGGUCUCACAAGGCCAGCGCUACGAGCAGGGCCGCGGCCCAGGCGGCGCCCCAAAUCCAGAUGCCACCCAACCCGGUCAUGACGUUCGAGGACAUUGCCAUCUUUUCGAGUCAAGGGCCCAACCCCCCUCUGCCGCGCUAUCCGUCGCCGCUCUACCGCACACCACCCCUGUUUGAGAUUGGCCCCGACCAGGCGCCGCAGGUCACCGAGAGCUACCCGUCGUUUCGCCGCCGCGGCUGCAACACGGUGUUUUCCGCAUACCGUCUCGAGCCGGGCCAGAUCUUCGAUCCGCUCGCCGAAGUCCACGACAAGAAGGGCACCAUCUUCCCGGUGGGGGGACGCACACCGCCGCGCGGCAUCGUCAAGCUCGUGCCCGACCACAUUGUCUACAAGUUUGGCAUCCCGCCGCCCGACCACAGCAAUGAGACAAACGACGCAAACGACACAAACGACACACAUGCCGCUCCCUCCUCCGGCGCGGAGCGGCUCGCUCGCUGCCUGCAGCAUGGCCUGUCGACCUGUCCAAUGUGCGCCAUCACCCCGUCGUUCCGGUUCCUGGGCCCCGGCGAGGCCAUCGCGCGUACCUUUGCGCACGACGGCACGCCCGCCGGCGACCCGCAGACCAGCCCAGCGGUCUUUGCCUCUGGGCAGUUCCGUCCCGCCGGGUUCGGCGAUUUCGAAGUACACGGCCGCCCGCUGCAGGAGUCGUCGCUCGCGGCCGCCCAGCACCCCGACGAGGCCAGCCCCCCGUGUCCGGUGCGCAUGAUGCCGCAGUACGACCCCGAGGUGCUGGGCCACCACGUGCGCGGCGUGCGCGGCGAGCGCAACGAGCACGGCGAGCACGCCAGGGAGAAGCCCGUGCCGCCGUCCGCGCUGGACACACACUACUGCGACCCGUGCGGCGGCCUGACGUGGCUGGUGACGCGCCGCAGCCGGCCCCAUGGCGGCGGGUCCGCGGUGGGAACAAAUAGCACCAACAGCACCAACAAUCCCGACACCGUGGCGGGCGACCGCACCUUUGGGAGGUCGCACCCCAGCCACCAUGCGUCCUUCAAUGAGCCAUGGAGCAGGUCUCGGUCGUUUUGUGCCUCGCUGGGGGGCCGUGGCAGCAGCCGGUUCCCCGAGCAGGCGGGCACGACGCGGUCGCUCUUUGUCGAGGUGGCGUCGGUGCCGGCCGAGGCGGAGCACAGGGGGCAGGGCCGCGGACGCAGUGAGCCGGCUCGCUAUGGCGUGGCGGCGUUCUUUGGGCCCCAUUCGCGGUACAACAGCCGCCUCGAUCUCGACUUGGCCACAGCGAGCACGCAGGUGGCCCGCGACGCCACGGGCCGCGGUGGUCGAGAGGACCGACAGGAGCGUCUGGUGGACCUGCCCUUUGAGCGCUUCUCGACCAACGCCGGACCCCUCGCCGCCAUGGCCGUCGCGCUCCACCGGCUCUGGAUCGACGUGGUGCCGGCACACCGUGCGGCCGUCGACCGGGUGACGCGGUACAACAGCGACCACUCGCGGCGCAAGGCGUACCGCUUCCGGGCGAUCCUCAUGACCGACAGCGCGUACGUCGUCGACUUGUUCAGCGACCAUCUGCACAAGCGGUGGACCCGCCGUUUCCGCCCGUACGACUAUGUCGCGCCCGGCAGCGGGAACGCGCUGGCUGUGUCCGGUGCGGCUGCUGUCGCUGACAAGCCCACGGCCAAGAAGAAGAAGUCAGGAAAGCGCAAGUCGAAGAAGACCAAAAAGGCCAAAAAGGGCAAGAAAGAGGCGGAGGCGGAGGCGGAGGGGGCGGAGGGGGCGGAGGAGGUACACAAGAAGGACAAGAAGGAGGAAAACAAGGAUGAGAAAGCUGCUGUGGCUGCUGUAGCUGCUGUGGGCACUGUGGGCGCUGUGGGCGCUGCCAGCGGAAAGGGCAUCCGAACGACUGUCGUCAUGGGAGCCCACGUCGACAGUGCGCCCUCGGACGGCAUCGUCGCCCCCAACAACGACAACACACGAAUCGUGGCCACCUUUGACGAGCUCGUCGACAUGGAUCUGGCCGCGGCGGCGAGCCCGACCUUUUCCAUCCCGACGACCACGCCCACGUCCAGCCGGGCCGCCUCGCGCUCGCACUCACCGCCACCGACCAGAACGACGACCCUGAAGGCACCGGCUGUGGAAUCUGAGAAUGGCCCCGAUAGCCCCGAUCGCCCCAAUGGUCCUGGUCCUGGUCCUGGUCCUGGUCCCGCUUCCGCUCCCGGCGUGGGCCUCGGCCUCCACGUGGACGGCCUGUUCCUCCCCCCCGCCAGCGACAGGGCCCUCGACGCGUUCGCCUUUGACCGCCCCGACGGCCGGUUUGUGUAUGUGUCUGCGCACGGCGGGCCGCCCAUGGCCAAUGGCUAUUUGGUGCAGCUGGUGCGGCGGUACAUGGAGAUGCUGCGGCAGCACGGCGUGCAGGUGGCGCUCUACGAGGUGGAGGGGCCGUAUGUGCAGAAUGCGCGUCGUCUGGCCGAGGAGGCCAUUGCGUGA